GUCAACUUUCCGACCUUCACCAAUUUAAUCAUUCGUGUUUCUUCGAUCCAUAGUUCGCCGGUCUUUCUUUCUCCUAAUAGCAUUUUAUUGCCCAUCAUCUAGGAAAAUCGUGAUAAUAGACUUGAUUCACCUCUGAAUCAGAUUCACAUGCUCGUUCCUCCCCUCGAAUAAAUACUCGCGAGGCCAGAUGGCCUCCGCGGCCACGACCAUGGCUUCCGCCGAGCAAACGACUGUCCCAGCUACUAGCACUACGACUCUCGCGCCCCGAAAAUUCAAGGCUUCGGAUCUACCUCUGCCAUCUGCUACGCGAUCUGCAAUCGAGGGAUUGGCCCAUAGCUUUAAAAAGAAGGGCGGUUACGAUGCAAUUCGCAAACAAAUCUGGGAGAAGUUCGAGCAGAGCGACUACGAGGCUCAGGUCACCAAAUCUAUCCUCGAAGUCGCCGAGCAAGAACUCGAGCGUAAUCCGUCGCAACUUCUAACCCUUGACCGCCGAAAGGCUGCUGCCCUUAUUGAUGGUGCUCUCGACCGUUCCGGUGUCUACCAAAAAGCCGAGGAGGUUCUCGACCAGCUGAUCGAUGUAGAGGCUAUCGAGACGCGCAUGCGUGAACUACGUCAAGCUGAAAUCGGCCUCGAGGCAGCUAAGGAAGAGCAAGAACGCGGCUCCAAAACGGAUGCAGAGUACGCCGCCGAAUCAGCUCGUAGCCUAGAUGAACGUGACCGUAUUCGACGAGAGCUUAGGGCGAAGGAAGAGCAGAUCUUAGAGGAGAAACGUAAGAUCGAGCGAGAGGAACGCAAGAAGAGGGAGCGUGAGAGAGAACGUGAACUAGAAAAAGCCGAAGCUAAGCGCAAGGAGGAGCGAGAUGCUCGAAGGCGCGAACGCGAAAAGAAAGAAGCAGAGCGCGAGCGUGAAAGGGAGAAGGAGAGAGAGGAACGUCGGCGCGCUAGAGAGCGAGAUAGAGAAAAGGACCACGACCGACGCAGAUCCAGAACCAGAUCAAGACAUAGAUCCCGGGACAGAUCACGGCAUCGCGACAGGAACCGCGAGGGAGAUCGUGAUCGAGACCGCGAUCGUAGCCGUCGUCGGGAUAGCCGCGAACGGCGACACCGCGAGCGGUCCCCUAGGGACGAACGUGAACGUGGAAAGCCGGAGGAACUCAAGAAACAGCUUACUAAAGAGGACCAUGAGAGGCUUGAGAGGGAAGCGCUCGAAAAUCUUUUACGGGAAAGCAAAAAGAGUACUGCUAAACAACCCGAACUCGAGGUUGAUGAGGCCCUCGUACCGCCUCCUCGAAGGAUUAAACCAGCUUCCGCCAUACAACCUAUACGUCGUGACUCGAUUAAGAAUUCAGAUACAAAGAAGACACCCGAGCUUACGAAGUCGGAAUCCAAAGAUUCGGCAAAGGAGACUGCGGACGCAAAGGAGGGGAAGGAAACGAAGACAUCUAAGGAAUCUAAAGAAGCCGAGCCUAAAGAGACCAAGGAAAACAAGGAAAGCAAGGAAAGCAAGGAGUCCAAAGAUACCAAGAGUAAAGAGGAGAGACGACCUAGCCCAGCCCCUUCUCGACACCAUCGUGAUCGAUCACGUGGCACAGACGAUGACCGAAGACGCCGCGAUCGCGACCGUGUUAGAGAACGCAGUCGAUCUCAUGCUAGAUCUGACCGAAGGGAACGGAGCAGAUCAAAACACCGACCAGAUCGUCGAGAACGUAGCCGUUCUAGAGAUCGUGACCGGAUUAUGGAGAGAGAUAGGGACUUUUACCGUCCGGGGCAACGAGAUAGAAGUCGUUCUCGUGCGCGACCUCACCGCGACAGGCACGAAAGGAGUCGUUCACGAGAUAGGUACAAACCCGACCGUAGAGAGCGAAGUCGUUCUCGGCGGCCUAGAGACGAUCGAGACAAACGCGACCGGAGUCGCUCACGUGCCCGUCCUGAGAAACGGGACGAUCGCCGAGAAAGGUCGCGCUCACCUAAGCCUAGAGCCGAAAAACCUCGGUCGCGUCCACCCCGGAGUCGAUCCCGUUCUCGGCCAGCUACUGCUAGUAAGCCUGAACUUACCGAUGCCGAAGCCUGGAAGCAAGGAGAAAUCAAGAAACGCGAGCAGGAAGCGAAGGCUUAUUUGGCAGCGCAGCGCGCGGCUCGCGAGAAGGGUCUGCCUAUCCCUGGUGUCGACGAUAAAUGGAGUACUGGAGAGCGCUCACCCGAGGCUAAGAGAGCCCGUGUCCCUGAUGAGAUUGACCGGUAUAGGCCUGGCGAUCGCGACCGAACCGACAAGUAUCGCGAGCGAGAUAGAGAUGAUCGUCGAGACAAAGAGAAGGAGCGCGACAAGGAUGAUCGACGAGAGCGGCGACGUAGUCGAAGUAAGAGUCGUAGUCGCCGCGAAAGGGAUAAAAGCCAAGAUCGCGAGCGUCACCGGUCUCGUGAUAGAUACCGUGGGGAGGGAACUCGGGAUAGAGAUCGCGAUCAAGACCGUGAUCGUGACAAGUAUCGCGAAAGAGACCGUGACCGCGAAACAGACCGCAAUAGAGAUCGCGACGGAGAUAGGGAUAAGCGCAGCCGUCGUGACAGAAGUAAUGAAUCACGACGCGACAAAGGCCGGGACCGGAGGGAUAGGAGCAUCGAGUCUAGGCGGGAUAGGAGAGAUCAAAGUCGCAGUCGCCGACGAAGCCGCAGCCCUCGUUAGUCACAGGGCCAGCCAUUAUUUCACAAUUUAGUAGUAUUGCGAGAUACAGUCCGUCGUUAUCCUAUCCGGGACCAGGCGCAGUAAUUACUAAGGCGGAUGGAUUUCGACUACAUGUACUAUUAGCGCUAUAGGAGAGGAUAGGUAUCGGACCAGUCGGCAUAGGUUAUUUUCGCACAGCGGUGGUGCGUCUGAUUCUAAUUUGGAGGGGGUUUGAGACCGAGUUACUUGGACGUCACGGA